GCACCCGUAGUUUGAUGACGUCAUGACCAAACAUGGCGGCUUCCUUGAAGUGAACGGGGCAGGAAGAAAAAAAACAAAGAAGAAAACGUUUGUGAAAACUUGAACUAAUAUUACACAUAAAAGUAUCAUUUGCGCUCCUCUGCGAGACCCGGACCUGUCAGCACUGUCAUGUUGAGCAGACGUGACGCCGACACUGCUGCUGUGUUGUGGGACGAUGCGCGAGUCUGCUGCGAGCACACCUGAGUUCACUGAGCUGUGGAGGAAGGUUUCCAGACUUUGUCACAGCAAAACACGAACACACAGAUGCCUUCCGACACAGGAUCACCCCGGCGUCAAGAUUUGCAGAGUCCACAGCGCAGAGGAUACGGCAAAUUGACUGGCUUAAAUAAUGGGGACUCUCCGGGUGAUGUGGAACCAUCACAAGACAUUUUCUGGGAUCCCACAUCUCCCACUCCAGCUAAUGGGCUUAGGAACAACAGGGUGGUUGAAAUAUCUGACAUUGUAAACCGAAUUGCUCCAAAGGAUGUGAAACGGAAAGGGAGUGACUCUCCUCUGCUGCAGUGGAUAGGUGACAGCGCUGUCCCUUGCACACCAGACGUUCCAAGGCCAAGAAUGAGGAAGAGGUCAUCCCGGCAGAGCAGUGUGGAGGACCUCAUGAAACUGGCACGGCAGUUUGACGCGAACAUGCAAAAAGACAGAGAGACUUCAGAGCAGCUUAACACAGACAACAAUAACCUCAGUAAAUGUGUGAACACUUCAAAAACAAAACUGACGGAGACACAACACCCUACAAAUGUGAAGGAGCUUAAGUGUACACCCUCAUUGGAACAGGCAGAGGCUGAGCUGCAUGCUCUGUUCGACUGCUCCACUCAGAAAGUCAGCGGCCGGCUAAGCCAAGGCUCCUCAGUAUCGGCUUGUUCGCAGGAAGUGAGAAAACAACCUGUGACUUCAGCUUCAGUGGAACCCAAACAAUCAGAGCUCAAGACAUCAUCAAAGUCCGCCCCAGCUGCAAAACCGGCUGGAGAAAAGGGACCUUGUGGUUUUAGUGAUGACUUUGAUGACGACUGGGAGGAUGAUGAACUACUUAAUGACUCGUUUGUGCUAGAGAUAACCCAGAAUCCUGAUCAGCUACUUGACAACAACCCUAAAACCAGCCUGCAGUCUAAGACUAACACUACUAAGUUCACCUCUGUCUGUAACCCUCCUGCACCUGAUCAUGAUGAUGAUAAGGUUUGUCCAGUUGCAAGCUCUGUGAGGAACAUUGCCGACAGCCAUUGGGAUGAUGGGGACGAUGACGAUUUGCUCAUCCAGAUAUGUGACAGUGUGGAAAGGAUCUCCAAUAGUCAGCCAGAGCAAGUGAGGCCCAGGUGUGACCAAGACAAGUAUGAUAAUGGCGCAGACAGACAGAGAAAAAACACCGCACCUCUGCCCAUAGACACAACCUGGUCCACAAACACCGGCAUCAGUGCCAACAGAAAGUCUCCAUUUGUACGUUCUAACUCAUUACCAGGGACGAGCUGCCAUGCUGUGAACCACCAAGGAUGGGACAUUCCCAUGAAAGGUGCCAACAGCAAAUCGGAGAUGUCGCAGAGCCUCCCAGGAAGCCGCAUGGGUCGGUGCACGUUUAGUAACUGCAAGAAUUCCUCUGGAACUUUCCAGACUGGGAAGGCAAGUGUAGAUAUGAAGCCACAUACAGUGACAGUCCAGGCUUCACAGAACUCUAAGUCCCAUCACACUGCCUUCAAGAGAAAUCUGUCUGACUCAGCAGUUAUGACCAACAAAGUUUUUGUCACAAGCCAGAUGACAGCGAAGUGCUCUGCAGCUGAGAUCGAGAGGAAGAAACAAGAAGCCCUGGCCAGGAGGCGACUGCGGAUGCAGAACUCUCAGAAACCAUAGAGGGGCCUCAUCAUGACUGAAGGGAUAUUAUUUCACUGUCAUAAGUCUUUACAGAACUCCUCAUUCCAGGGCAGUGUUUCAGUCACCACUUUAUAAAAGAGGUUUUAUAUGAUGGUAUCCAAGAGGAUAUCAUGUUAGUGUUAAAAGUUCAGUAUUUGAUCAUCAGGUUUGGACCAAUGACAUUGACUUUCUGCACAGAGGUUAGCUUAUGUCUGUGAAUGGAAGGUGAAUGUCACAAGAGCUGCUGGAUCUUUUCUGCUACUGAUGUAAAUCAUCGAAGGAUAUUUUCAUACUUUUCCUAUCUUUAAUUGAAAUAAACACAUUUACAUCUACCAGGUUUGAAAUAAUUUAAAACGCUGCCUUGAACACAUUUUCAUGUUGUUUUCUGAGUGUCAUUUUAGCCGUCUGUUUGGGGAAAGAAAUGGGUUUGCAUUUUUUCUGUAUUUUGUUUAAAUAGUUCCAAGUCAGUGUUAGAAAUCUAUAGUAAACACAUGCAGGAUAUGUUAUAUUAUUAUAUUAUAGUUAGGAUAUUCUCUGUUUAGGCUUUUAAGACUGAAUAUGUGACUACACUUCUAUAAAUGCACACAAUUAAAACAUUUGACAGUUCUCAUAUCUUUGUAAUCAUAAUAACUUCCAUUGGUUGAUCGAUUGAGAAAGUUCUCUGGGUACUAAUUCAACUCAUGAGAAAAUGUCUGUUUUAUGAAUGAACAUUAUAAGCUAAGAUUCAGUAGACUCGGUUGAGACACUGUUGUUUCCGUUCAUACUUUCUAUACUUUUAGUUUUGUGCAUAUCAGGAUCAUUGUGUUACACUGUAAAAGCAGUGUUUUAGCAGUUCUCUGUUGGCACGGUUCAUUGUAGUAGCCAUGCUAUGCACCUUAAGUUUGUUUAACAAACCCACAGUAAAAUCAGAAUGGUAAUGAUUCCAUAAGGGUUCAAACAAGUAAAGAUACCUUUACUACAUUCUCCUGGAAGCUUUCAUCAUUUGUUUCAAUAAAACACACCUAAUCCGGACCCAGUGCCUUAGCGUCAUAAUCUAUUUGAUGCCAGACCUUGUUACUUCACAACAACAUGAUGUAUUUGGAAUUCUCCUAAUUUGUCCUUCAUGAUUUAUCUGCCUUGUACCAACACAAAUAAAUAAACACAAUUGGCUGCUAAA